AUGGAUGUUCCUGGUUUCUUGUAUGCAGGUUUGGUAGCAGCUGGUGGAGCUGUUGGAUAUUACAAAGCUGGUUCCAUACCAUCUCUGGCUGCUGGAGUAAUUUUUGGAGGAGCUUUAGCUUUUGGAGCGUAUGAAGUUACUAAGGAUCCCUCUAAUUAUACAUUACAACUAGCUACAAGCUCAGUAUUAGCAGGUGUUAUGGGUUACAGAUUUUAUAAUUCUGGAAAAAUUAUGCCUGCUGGUGUUGUUUGUCUAAUGUCGGUUGCUAUGAUUUUAAGAAUUACUGGAAAGGCAGUUGGUCUUAUUGAGACACAACGCAAGACAUGA